GGAAAAGCCAUGAUGUUUCCACUCCAUUUUCAUUAUGAAGAUGUAUUACGUCAGGAUCUGUUGCUCAAACUGAAUCACGCCAAUGUUAUGGAAGUUCCUGGAUUGUUUGAAAUAAGAUUAGUACCAAAAGCUGCCUCUGAUUUCAGAAUCCAAUUUGGAAAAUUGGCUAUGGAGAUUUUGUGCGGUCAGAGAUUCAUACAGACACAAAGGGGCCCCUAUUUUCAAGCAGGAAAGUCGUUUCGAUCCAAUCCAUUCUUGGGGUCCGAAAAAGACACUGGAUAUGUCAGUGACUUUGCACGACAAAGCGUUCUCCGAGGGAAUGGAAUGUACCAUUUUUUGGUAAGAAUCUUGACAGUAAUGUCUAUGUUAGAUUCUCCGGUCGAAAUACGGGAAAACUCCAUCAAAUUCUUUAUGGAAACGGAGUUUUGCGAAUUCUCCCCGGAACUGGAAGAUCAUUUCGAGAUCUUCGAGCAUAUUCGAGGGUUCAAUGUGACUAUUGUCACUUCGGCCAAUACAAAAGAUGAGACUUUACUACUGUGGAGCGGCUUUGUGAUAAUGGAACCAACCAGCAAAAAGCAUUAACGCUGCAAAAAUCAAUGCACCAAUUGCAGUACAAUAGAGUUGUAAUUCACUAGUUAUUCCAGAUGCUCGCCAAAGCUUAAAAAAACCUUAGGUUAUUUGGAUUCCUCGGAAACCCCCACCUACAUCACCAUUCAAUAUUUCUUGCCCUACUAUAGGCCAAACUACCUGAGCACUGGGUCCAAUGUGAGUAGGAUCACUUAGCCAUGCUUCAUAAUUGGAAAAACGGGCACCAUGAAAGUACAUGACACUCAACCAAAGAAAGAUAAUGGAAAGUUGCCCGAAAUGAGCACUAAAGACUUUUCUAGAAAUCUCCUCCAAAUCACCAGUAUGACUAUCGAAAUCGUGAGCAUCGGCAUGUAGGUUCCAGAUCCAAGUGGUAGUAUCAGGGCCCUUAGCUAGUGUUCUUGAGAAAUGGCCGGGUCUGGCCCAUUCCUCAAAAGAUGUUUUUACAGGAUCCCUAUCCACAACAAUUUUUACUUCUGGUUCCGGCGAACGAAUAAUCAUUAAGUCCUCCACAAGAGCAUAUCCAAGUGGAUCAUCAACUGAAAAGGCAAUAAAUGAGAAGUUGAUUCCCGUACAAUUGCAUUUAGUUGGUUUAAAGCGAGUUCACUUGUCCAGCUUCUUCUAUAUCCAAUGCACUCUCAAUUGGACAGGAGGAUCUGCCCACAUAUUGGUUAAUGUAAUGUUGCUGUGGAGUUUUGGUACCUACUACUAUGUCCAAUCAGUUCCAACUCUGAAAGUUCAGGUGAAUUU